AGGAUUUAAAUAUUCUUUGGUGUUUAUUCGUGCUAAACAUGGAUAGCCAAAAGAAGCAAUUGAAGGAAUAUUUUCCAGACUUGCCUUUUGGGCCACUGGAUGGCUACAGGAAAAAAGCUUCCUUUGAUUGGAGGCUUAUGAAAUUGGUAUAUGAUAACUUGAAAACUAUUCAGUUAAAGCAUAAAAUUUAUACAUUUAUGAGGGAGCAUCCAUUGUUUAAACAUUCCGAUGUCACAGAAUCAUUAGAUGAGCAAAGACAUAUUACAGUGAAACGCAUGUAUACUUAUAACAAUGAGAAUUUCCUACCACUUGAACAGAUUUUUGAAGAAAAAAGAGUUUUGUCUGCUGAGACAGAAGCCCUGUUCAUGUUCGACAGUUCUUUAGCAGUGAAACUAUCGUUAACUUUCCGAAUGAUCUCUAAUACUAUCCGAGGCUCUGGUCAGGACCAUCACUAUCAAAUAGUCGAGGAUCUGGAAAACGCCAGGAUCGGUGGAUGCUUUGCAUUGACUGAAGUAGCACACGGAUCGAAUGCUAAACAAAUGCGAACCACUGCUAUUUAUGUUCCUGAAAAGAGACAGUUUGUUCUCCACACACCAGAUUUUGAAGCAGCAAAAUUUUGGGUUGGAUGUCUUGGAAAAUGCGCCACGCACGCGAUCAUAUAUGCAGUACUGAUCUCAAAUGGCAAGAACCAUGGUCUUCACACCUUCGUAGUCCCCAUCAGGGACCCGGUCACUCUUAAACCAUUCCCGGGAGUCACGGUUGGUGAUAUUGGUGAGAAGAUCGGGCUCAAUGGAGUUGACAAUGGUUUUGUAAUGUUCGACAAGUACCAUGUGCCCAAAGAGGCGGCACUGGACAAGUUGGGCGGAGUUGAUGACGCCGGCAACUACACUACGCCCUUCAAGGACCCCAACAAGAGGUUCGGCGCCUCCAUGGGGAUAUUGUCAGGUGGUCGAGUGCACAUCACGACCAUCUCCACGGCGUACCUUCAGAAGGCCAUAGUGAUUGCCAUCAGGUACUCGGCGGUCAGAAAGCAAUUCGGACCCGAAGACAGCGAUGAUGAACUGCCGGUCCUGGAGUAUCAGCAGCAGCAAAUCAGAUUGUUGCCCUACUUGGCUGCCGUGUACGCAAUGAGAGUGUUCUGUAACUGGUUCAGUGAGGCACACACCACCAUGGUCGUCAAUAACUACAUGGGCGUGGACGAUAACGCUGCGUACCGUGGCAUAGAGAUGCAUGCGCUGUCUUCGUGCGUAAAGCCGCUGUUCGGGUGGAUGGCACGCGACGGCAUACAGAACUGUCGCGAGGCGUGCGGCGGACACGGGUACCUCAAGGCCGCCUGCAUUGGGGAUCUUCGCAACGACAACGACGCUAAUUGCACCUACGAAGGGGAGAACAGUCUGCUUCUACAGCAGACCAGUAAAUGGUUGCUAAAUAUUUGGGCUAGGCGGCAGAAGGUCACAGAAGAAGAAUCUCCAUUGGGAACGUUGAGUUUCUUGCUAAACGCUGAUGUUCUAUUAAACGAGAAGUGUAAAUGGAAUACUAAACAGGAAAUCGUCCAACCUGAUAACUUGGUUCGAGCUUACAAAUGGCUGACAGCGUAUGUGUUAAAGACCACUUACGAUAAAUUCAACGAAUUGAAAAGCUCCGGCAAAGAUGAUUUCCAAGCGAAGAAUGACUCGCAGUCGUAUAAUGCCGUUACACUGUCCAUUGUCUACGGGGAGAAUUAUGUGUUGAGCCACUUCUACAAAUCAGCCCUGGAAUUCAAGGACCCACAAUGCAGACAGGUGCUGUUGAAACUGGUGUCUUUGUAUGGAGCAUUCAUUUUGGAGAAACACUUGGCUACACUUUACAUUGGAGGUUUCUUCAGCGGCCCACAAGGCCAGUUGUUGCGUGAAGGAAUCUUAGAAUUGUGCAGCGUUUUGAAAGACGAAGCCGUAUCGUUAGCGGAUACAUUGGCCCCGCCAGAUUGGUGCCUAAAGUCUGUGCUCGGACAAUCCGAUGGAGAGGCCUACAAGCACAUCCAGAAUAGCGUAUUGAGCUAUCCGGGUGCCCUAACAAGACCAACGUGGUGGAGAGACGUCGUCAACUGGCGUGAUUAUGCUACGUCUAAACUUUAAACAAUAUGCCUGCAAUAAAAGAAAAAAACGAGCG